AGUUGCAGAACCACUCGUCCGCCAACAACUUGGGCUUCAACAAACAAUCCACCGGCGGCACCGCGGACACAGAGCUCCCGUCGACCCAUGGCCGGCUCCGGCGCCAGCGACGACGAGGUCGCCCUGGAGAUCGAACACUGCAUCCGAGUAUUCAAGAGCGGCCGCGUGGAGCGCUACUUCGGGUCCGACCCCGUCCCGGCCUGUACCGACGCCGGCACCGGCGUCGCCUCGAAAGACCGCACAAUCUCCCCCGACGUGGCCGUCCGCCUCUACCUCCCGCCCCUCGCCACGGAGGGCGGCGACGAAAAGAAGCUACCCGUCCUCGUCUACUUCCACGGCGGCGGUUUCGUCCUCCACACCGCCUUCAACGCCGUCUUCCACGCGUACCUCACCUCCCUCGCCGCGCGCGCCCGGGCCAUCGUCGUCUCCGUCGACUACCGCCUCGCGCCCGAGCACCCUCUCCCCGCCGCCUACGAUGACUCGUGGCGGGCGCUGCGCUGGGUGGCGUCCCACGCCCCCGGCGGCGCCGGCGAGGAGCCCUGGCUCACCGACCACGGCGACUUCUCCCGCCUGUCGCUCGGCGGCGAGAGCGCGGGCGCCAACAUCGCGCACCACCUGGCGAUGCGCGCCGGCGCCGAGGGCCUGCCCCACGGCGCGACGAUCAGCAGCGGCAUCGUGCUGGUCCACCCCUACUUCUUGGGCCACGGCAAGGUGCCCUCCGAGGACAGCGACCCCGUGAUGGCCGAGAACGUGGUGAAGAUGUGGCGCGUGGUGUGCCCCCAGACCACGGGCGUCGACGACCCGUGGAUCAACCCGCUGGCCGCCGGCGCGCCGACGAUGCGCGGGUUGGCGUGCCGGCGCGUGCUCAUGUGCCUCGCGGAGACGGACGUGGUCCGCGACCGCGGCCGCGCGUACUGCGAUGGGCUCAAGGCGAGCGGGUGGGCGGGGCAGGUGGACCUGCUUGAGGUGGCCGGGCAGGGCCACUGCUUCCAUCUCGGCAACUUCACCUGCGACGAUGCCGUCAGGCAGGAUGACGCCAUUGCCAGGUUCCUGAAUCUGUAGAACAAUAUCUCGCGGACACGGGCAUUUUCAGACCGCAUGUUGCACCUGCGUCUGAACUUCUGUAUUUUUGUUGUUGAUGCAUUUGGGGAAGAAGAUUGAUCGGUCACGGCUAGGUUCGUGCCCGUUGUGCCGAAUUGGAUUUGAUGAUAUACAGCAUUGCCUGUUACUUGUCCUCUUGGAUUUUAUUGACUAAAAAAAAAUGAAGCAUCAAA